AACAGUAGAUUAAACGUUGCCUUUUGCAACCUUUUCUCACUCCAUACAUUACUCUCUCUCUCUCUCUCUCUCUCUCUCUCAGUAUUUAUACUCCUAUUUACUUCGUCUCUCUCUACGCUCUCAGCUCAGAACUCUCUUUCUCUCACUAGAAUUCAAUUAACUCGAGGCUUCAUAAAAGCCCUGAUCUACUGUGUAGCACUGAGAUUGGGCAGAAUCGAAAAGACAAAAAAAAAAAAAAACUCCUGAAGAACACGAAGAAGAAGAAGGAUUGGAAGUUUGAACUGUGGUUCAAAGAGAAAGUGUUUCGGCCAUAUGCAACUUUGUGGAGUUUGUGAAAUACAAUAAUAUCGGUUGUUUCCUUCUUGUGAACUUAACUUUUGGGUGGAAUUUUGCCUUGGUAUGUUAGUGCUCUAAUCAUAUCGAGAACAUGAGAAAAGAAAUUCUGGAGUAUUUAUUGGAACAUUCAGUAUUAGCAUGAAGGUGGUUUUGAUUUGGAGCAGAACUAGAGUUAAAGUUUUGCUAUGUCAGCUGUUGUCAUGUGACUAAACCGAUUUUGUGGGCAGCUGUUUAAUUUGAUCUGGGCAACUUAGCACAGUUAUUACAGUGGUCUGCCAGAUUUUCUUACUCGAGUAGUUGUAUUGUUUGUAUUCUCUGAAGAUGGUGAGCAGUGUGGUUAUAUUGUCAAGUUCGACUUUAUUUUGAAUGAGUGAUGAAGAUUGGUGUUCUGCACUGAAAGUACAUUUUUAUUAUGUAGCUGUGUACUUUAUUGAGCUCAAUAGUUGCCGGGAGGUUCUUCUGUUACUUGGAAGAGUUAGUUAACUAUUAGUCUAUAGCUCUGAAUUCCUAUUUAUGUGAAGAGUCGAACAACAUGGACACUGAAAUUUUGACUCCUAACCAUCAGCCAGGCAUUGGUCAGCGGUUACUUCCAGCGGUUGUACCUGUGCUUUUAAUUGCGAUAGGAUACGUUGAUCCAGGAAAGUGGGCUGCUGCUGUUGAGGGAGGAGCACGUUUUGGGUCUGAUUUGGUUCUGCUAAUGCUUGUUUUCAAUUUUGCUGCUAUUUUAUGUCAGUACCUUUCAGCUCGUAUUGCUGUGGUCACCGGAAGAGAUCUUUCCCAGAUUUGCAGUGAAGAGUAUGACAAGACCACAUGCAUAUUCUUGGGAGUUCUAACUGAGCUUUCCAUGAUUGCUUUGGACCUUACUAUGAUUCUGGGCACUGCACAGGGACUCAAUCUAAUUUUAGGCGCAGACCUAUUCACUUGUGUCUUUCUGACUGCUAUUGAAGCUGUUCUAUUUCCAGUUUUUGCCACCCUCUUGGAUAAUGGGAAGGCAAAGUUCCUUUGCAUAUCAAUGGCAAGCUUUAUAUUACUUUUUUAUGCUCUCGGAAUUUUCUUUAGUCAACCAGAAAUUUCAAUGUCCUCGAGUGUGAUGCUUACAAAGUUAAGUGGGGAGAGUGCAUUUACAUUGAUGAGUCUUCUUGGAGC